AAACUCUUGAACGAUGUCCACUAAAACUACCAAAACCGAAAAAGUCGACUACACUAUCGCCAACUCUGAUGUUGUGCAAAAAUACAAAACCGGUGGUGAAAUUUCUAGUAAAGUCCUCAAGCAAGUCAGAGAUUUGGCGGUUGCUGGAAGUAAAACUUUUGACUUGUGCCAGAAAGGUGAUGAAUUAAUGGAAGAAGAAUUGUCCAAGAUUUACAACUCCAAGAAGACAUCCCAGAUCCUCAAGGGGAUUGCCUUCCCAACUUGUGUUAACCCCAACCACAUUCCUGCUCAUUUUGCACCUCCAACUGCUGAAGAUGAGGCCAACGUUGAAUUGAAGGAAGGUGACGUGGUGAAUAUCAUGCUUGGUGUCCAGAUUGAUGGGUUUCCUGCCAUUGUGGCUGAAACCGUUGUUAUAGGUGAAUCUGAAUCAUCUCCUAUUGAAGGUAAGAAAGCUGAUUUAUUGCACUCAGCUUGGAAUGCCAGCGAGGCUGCCAUCAGAACUUUCAAACCAAAUGCAAGAAACUGGGAUGUCACUCAAAUCGUUGACAAGGUUGCCAAGGUAUUUGACACCACCCCUGUGGAAAGCAUGAUGUCUCACAAUCAACAAAGAAACGUGUUAUAUGGUCCUAAAGAAAUCAUAUUGAACCCAACAAAAGAAAACAAAAGUCAACUGGACACCCACAGAUUCGAAGAAAAUGAAGUUUAUGGAUUGGAUAUUUUGAUCUCUACUUCUACUGAUGGUAAAGUCAAGGAGUCCAAGUACAAGACUAGUUUGUACAAGUUAACUGGUAACUCUUAUUCUUUGAAAUUGAAGACUUCCCAUCAAGCUUUGGGAGAGUUCAAGAGCAAGGCCUCGGGUCUUUUCCCCAUGAAUGUCAAGAAGCUUGAAGAUAUCAGAAAAUCCAGAAUGGGAUUAAUUGAGUGUGUCAGCCACCAAGUGUUGUUGAGUUACGAUGUCAUGACUGAAAAGGAAGGUGAAUUCAUUGCCCAAUACUUCACCACCUUCGGUAUCACCAAGAACGGUAUUGUUAAGUUCACCUCUCCAACCUUCAACCCAGCUUUGUACAAAACCGACAAAAAGAUUGAGGAUGCAGGGAUAUUGGAAUUGAUUGCCAAGCCAUUGAAGACCAACACCAAAAAGAAGAACAAGAAGCCUGCUGAAAACAAGUAAACCAAGUAAGAUUUUUUUAUGUCUUUAGCGAAAUAAAAAGUAGAGCCGAUUGUCUCACAUUUGGCGCUGAUCUG